AUGGCCUCGGUAUUUGACUCCCCAUUACCUGUCACUCUCAGUAGUUUCAAACAUCGCUGGUUAAAUAGUAAUUCAAUGCAGUCCAUUGUGAUUGAUCGUCAUAGUCCCAGACCUCUGCGAGACAUUUUUAAAUUACACAAGAAGGGACUCAAUAUAAGGGCAAUCCCAGAUGUUGAAUUCAAAGGGGAAGAUGGCACAGAUGCAUCAGGUCCUACGAGGGAAUACUUCCAUUUGUCAAUGAGCCUUCUAACAGCAGGGGAUUCCUCGAUUCAAUUGUUUGAAGGGCAAAACGAUCAUCUCAUGCCAAUUCACUGUGUUGAGUCACAGGAUUCCAUGCUAUUUUACUACACAGGAGUCAUGAUCAGUCACUCAUUUCUACAUGAUGGAUACCCACUUGUUGGUCUAUCAAAAGCAGCAGUAGCAUACAUUAUAACAGGUUCCAUUUAUGAAGCAAUUCCAUUUCUUAGCAUAGAAGAUGUUCCAGACUAUGAAAUACGGCAAAUGCUUGAAAAGGUAUUGUAUGUUACACUAGUAUACAUAUAUUUAUGCUUUAGAUAAUGGGAUGCACAAAACAUGGUUUAUGGCAGGUAACAAAUUUUAGUUAAGAAUAUAAUAGCCCCAGACCACUACUUUAAUUGAGUGAUUUGACUGCGAUUUCAGCUAUUCACAACAGUAUAUUUACAAAAAACUGUUAACAUGUUGAUUAGGUAAGAGAUGCUAACACAGAUGAGAUGUUCAAGGAACUCAAUGAAAAUGAGGCUAUUGUUACAAUGCUUACUGCAGCUGGAUUUGUGAAUAAGUUAUUGACAAGCACAAACAGGGAUGCAGCACUUGAAUCCGCAAUGCUUCACCAUACCCUCAUCGUUAGAAAACUAGAAAUGGAUGACAUCAGACGCGGAAUGGAAACAAUACAAUUGGCUAUGUUCCUCAAUAGAAAUAAAGAAUUAUGGGGUUCAUCACAUGUUUUUCCACAAUCAAGUCAAGUUAUCGUGUUAGCUGAAAGUUUAGAGAAGAAAUUGGUGUUACACUCCAGUGUUAAACAAGACGAUUUGAACGAACAGGAGAAAUUAGCAUUUGAAUGGUGCAAGGAAUAUGUUAGAUGCCUACCAGGUACAUUUACUGUACAUAUUAAUUAAUGAGUAAAUUAUUACUUAUAGUAUAGAAACAGUUUUUUAUGAAACAAUUAGCAUAGUAGUAUGGUGAACGGAAACAUUAGUAAACAGGUACAUGAUAUUUGCUUCUACAUAUUAUAGGGGUGCACCAUUUUUUUACAGUUCCGGUUCCGGCUGGAACUAAUAAAGAAAGCAUGACCGGAACCGGAACUCUGUCGUUUUCAGAGAGAUAGAGUAUCAAACGUUUUUGUGUCUAACAGAGAGUCGCAGUAGGAAGAAAUUUGGACUACACACGGGAAAUGUACACUUUUAACACUUCAUUAUGACGUUUAACGUUUGUCAAUCUUUUUAUUCUAACAUUUGAGAGCUCUCUCCUUGAUGACUUGAAGUGUCUGCCUGUCUGGCAGCGGACAAAGUAACAUACGACUAUAUAUGGCUUAAUAAAUUGGUUCCGGCCGGAACUUUUUUCCAGUUCCGGUCGGAUCCAGUUCCAGCCGGAACUUAAAAAACUGGUUCCGGUGCACCCCUAACAUAUUAAGGAAUUCGAAAUGAAUUUGAAAUUUUAUUUUGUGUAAAUAUAAAGUUAGAGAAUAAUUCUCUCAUUUUUUUCAAAGUUCACGCUGAAGAUGAUUAUGUUCCCACCACUGGAAUGUUUUUACAAUUUGUCCUUGGAAGCCCACAAUACCCAACGCAACCUGUAUACGUGAAGUUCAACAGGAAAGAAAAAUCGCUGCCAGAUCCCGAAUCGUGUUUGGGCAUUCUCUCUCUACAUGUGAAUGCCAGUAGCUUCGCAGAUUUUAAGAAGAAAAUGGAUGCAACUCUGUCGGCACAGGCAACAGGAUAUGGUAGAUUUUAG